AUGGCGAGCACAUCAACUUUGACCAUAAAACGGAGCCGGCGAAAGCGACCAUCAUUCAGCCCAGUCAAGGCUAGGCAGUCAUCCCUCCCACCUCGCGCCAGGUCCGAGUCCCCCCCACCUGUGAAAACUGGGGAACCUGCAAUCAACUCAGCGUAUUGUCGUGACUCAUCCGCCCUCGACUUUAACGAGUUUUCACUGCUCGAUGAUGAUGGAUCGACACCAUCGUUAGGGGAGAAAUGUCAUGACUUGCUUUUUGAAUACUUACGAGAGCAUUUCGGGGUGGAAGACAUGUGGGUUAUGCAGCCAUUCAUAUUCCUUCGUUGCUCUGAGCGGCCGGAUCCCGCCCAACGCCCUUUUACCAUAUCGGGCUGCUUAGCCUUCUGGCUGGGAAUGGAUGACCCGCUGCCCACUCUCACUCCUGGUACUUCUGGAGGGGAGACGGAAAUAGACAAGUUCGUUCACGUGGACCAAAAUCUGGUUCAGGACUUGAAACCGUAUAGGAUGCCAAAACCAGAAACGCUCCUUAUGGUUCUUGUACAACAUUUCCCGGAAGCCGCAGCCAUCUCCUUCAUCUUCAAUACCAUUAUCGUUGAAUUCGACGAGGUCGACGAGGAUGCGUGGAGAGAGAGAGUCGGGUCCCUACCGUGUUCCUUCGCGAAUCUCGCGUUAGAACUGACCUACUCGAAUGGAUUGCUCGCUAAUUCCGAGUGGAAACGGCUUAUAUCCCCUAAGCCAGCAGAUCUGAAUACCCUUGUUUCAGACGACUCCGACUAUAUUGCUGCUACGGGGUUCUUCAAUCCUGGAGCGAUGAUUUCUUCUGAUCAAGAGGAUGCCGUCUCGGCUGGGGUCUUGGUGGAGAAGGGUUCUGAGCAGAGGCUCACCGUUGCGUGUCACUGCUGGGAUCGGGAGUUCGACGAAAAGUUGGAUCACCUGGGAGAUCCGAAUCAUUUCCGAGUGCUACAAGCAAACUCGAGGGUCGGUUAUGUGACUGAACGUAUCGACGAAACCGACAUCGGACUUGCCAAGCUGGACGAUACUGUUGCGUUUAGCAAUAGAUUCCUGGAUAUCGAAACAGCAGCUAAAGUCCUUAUCCCAUUCACCGGGGUUAAGACAGGAGACAAAUUCUUCAUUGACAGUUUCGUUACCGGCCGGCAGCGCCUUUUAUGUGCCGGAGUACGGGUGCUGGGAUGUCCGAGAGGACAGGAUUUCCUCCGUGAUAGACGAGAGAACCCGCCCGACGGGAAAUAUGUCAUCAUGCACCAAGGCAUUUAUGCCACCAACGACACCAUGAUUACGACUGCUCCACAACUACGUGCAGGUAUCUGUGGCUCAGUUCUUGUACGGCUACAGCGUGCAGGGGAGGAAUCGAUUUGCCUGGAGGAUGGAGAAGUCUGUGGGAUUAUGCAUUGGGCCGAUUUGGCUAUGAAGUACUCUACGAGCCUCAAAUUCUUUUGUUUCGCGGACCCUAUGGACCCUUUGAUUUCGAACGGAUGGGCAUGCGUUCCUGUCCCAGAGAAGCGCCCCCGUUCCUCUUCCUAG